AUGGCAGGGCAUUCAGCUAGCCCCCAGGUAGUUGUAAAGACAGAGGAGCAGUCCAAUAGCGUCAUCUUCACCUACUUCCAGGGUGACAUCGGUAGCAUGGUGGACCAACACUUCAACCGUGCCCUCAGCAAGGCCAGUAAGACCAAGGCCCCAAGGGGCAAAAAGAGCCACAAGGCUGUCAAAUCUGAGUCUGACUUAACAUCUUGCCAGUGGGUUGUUCCAACCCCAUCUUGGUCUGAAGACCAUUUAGUCCCCGUGUAUGGUCACCUUCAGCUGGACGGGUCAACCUGGCUUCAGAGACCCCAUGAACCCUGA